UGCGCUCGGCUCCGGCCCUCGGGUCCUUCGCGCUCGGUGCUUUCGGGACAGGGGCGGUGGCGGCCGUGUCACCAUGAUACAUUUCAUAUUGCUCUUCAGUCGACAAGGGAAAUUGCGGCUGCAGAAAUGGUACACCACCCUCCCCGACAAAGAAAGGAAAAAGGUCACUCGGGAAAUUGUUCAGAUUAUUCUCUCUCGUGGUCACAGGACAAGCAGUUUUAUUGACUGGAAGGAGCUAAAACUUGUUUAUAAAAGGUAUGCUAGUUUGUAUUUUUGCUGUGCAGUAGAAAAUGAAGACAAUGAGCUUUUGACACUAGAGAUCGUUCACCGUUACGUGGAGCUGCUGGACAGAUACUUUGGGAAUGUCUGCGAGCUGGAUAUUAUCUUUAAUUUUGAAAAGGCAUAUUUUAUCCUUGAUGAAUUUAUAAUAGGUGGAGAAAUUCAGGAAACAUCCAAGAAAACUGCCGUCAAAGCUACUGAAGACUCUGAUAUGUUACAAGAGACAAUGGAAGAAUACAUGAACAAACCUACAUUUUAACUGUACAUCUACUUGAAGACUCUGAGUGCUAUGAAUUGUAAAUUUACAAACAAGCAAUGCCUUACAGUCAGUCUUGACAAAGCCUCUGGCACCAUGCCAAAAAUAACUUAAAGGGAUUCUUUGUUAACUAGCACAAAUUGAAGUCUUUAACAUGAUAUAUUUAUAAUUGCUACACAUCUGUAUUAUACUAUAUAUGAGUACUUUUUGUGUGCCUGGUUUCUUGAAACGACUGUUGAAUAACCCAAUGGAUGAAUAGUUGUUUGCAAUGUUUUAAUUCCAUGUGAUAUUUUAAAGCUAAUUUUGAAAAAAAUGAUUGCAAUAUAUUUGCAUUGCAUUUGACCUCCUACUGACAGGUUGAAAACUGUAUUGUUGAUAACCUGUGAUUCUGAAAGUAAAGUAUAUAUUAUUAAUGCCUUUCCUAAAUAUUUAAUUUUUAAAAGUAUAUAUUAAUUCAAACUUAUGUUAAUAGUUGAGUUCAUACCUAAUGCUGGAUAUUUUUCAAAUACUUAAUAAUACUGUAAUUUCAGACCAGAUACAAUGUAUCUUAUUUUAAUGUUCUGAAUUCAUUUAUUUUUUGAGGAUUGGAAUUAGAGACGAUAACCAAAGAAAGUAUAGAACUUAACAAGUGUUCUUGAGGCUUUAGGAGCUGCUACCUAGGCUGAGGUUUUAAUUUUACCUUUUAAUUGAAUAUAAGGGACAUUCCAGUAAGGUUAUGUUUUCUACAAACUCUAUAUAUUUAUUAAGAUUUUUAGAGAUCCAGAGAUCUAGUGUCUGUGACAUUCUUUAUUAUAAAAAUAGUUUAUUAGGGAUUAAUAACAAUGCAAUAAUUAUUAUUGCUACUACUAUUUUAAAAAUCUCUUAUGUUAAAAGCACUCUUAGUUGCUUGAGAGGUUUUAUUUCAAAUAUUUUUAAUGUAAAUUUAAUAUAUUUUAAGUCAUUGCUUAUUAGGCUUACUAAGGGCAUUUAUUAGCUAUCAUUGCAGUCUAAAUGGUGGAUGAUUUUCCUUCUCCCUUCCGCAAAUUUUCUGCUUGAUGUUACUGUAAAUAUGUUACCUUAAUGCUUCCUGGAAUGAAAAUUCUACAUGACCAGGUACUAAAUAUGAUCUGAGCUGGGCCUGGUGGCACAUGCCUGUAAUCCCAGUGUCUCAUUAAGUUGAGGCAGGAGGAUUGUGAGUUCAAAGCCAGCCUCCGCAAUUUAGAGAAGCCCUAAGUAAUGUAUCGAGACCCUAUCUCUAAAUAAAACAUAAAAAAAGGGCUGGGGAUGUGGCUCAGUGGUUAAGUGCCCCUGGGUUCAGUCCUCGGUACCAACGAAACAAAACAAAACACAAAAAUGUGACCCGACACAUAAUGGGGAAAUAGCUGGCACUGUUCUGUCUUGGUGCCUCUCUCUGAAAUCUUACCUGUACAUUUUCAAUGGGAGCCUGAGGGCUGGUAUCGCUCAUAGUGGAGCUGUCAGUGCCUCCUAGUGCUUUUCUUAAGGCAAGCCAGCAGAUUGCAUAUGGUACCCCCUCAUAGAACAUGAUGGAAAGACCUCCUCUGUGGGUCAUCUCAGUAGAGGGCUUCGGGAAAAAGGCAAGAUGGGAGUACAAGAACAGAGGGCUAAUUGACCAAUUCCCCAAUAUAACCAUUAUUUAAAGGAAAUAAUUCAGAUGAGUAUAUGGAAUAAUCACUGGGCUUUUAACUAUUUCCUCAAAUUAAUAAUAUGAUUGCAAUUAUGGCAUCAGACUGAAGUUUUAUCACUUUUUUAUCACCGUGUCUACUGUUUCUUUAGUUCUUUAACUUUUUUUUUUUUUUUGGUAAAUAUGGUGAAACUCUGUUUUUCAAGACAAUUUUAUAAAAGAUUUUGUACUUUCAUGUAAAUAUAUCACAGUUUUUCUGGUUCCUUUCCAUUAUUUUUGGAUGAAGGUAUUUUUUGAACCUCAUUAAAUGUACUAAAUAUGUUCUGGAUAAUUCCAUUCUAGAGACUGUCUAGCUAUGCAUAGAUAUUCUCAGACUUCCUGUCACAUACAGAAAAUGAUUAUGUCUUUGUGGCACACUGGGGUAAGUUUGUGGCACACUGAGGAAUUUGGGGGGCAUCUUUUAUGGGUUUUGGUGAAAAUAGUCAUUACAUUUUCUUUGUAUUGUAUAAUUAUCACAAGGGUACCAAGUGCAAGGAAUGGCAAUAAAUAUUCAGCUUGUAUAAUGCUUCCAAAUAAAAUAUUUUAAAAAAUUUCAA